UCGGAAUCUAAAAAUUCUAUCACUGUUUGUAUGUUUAUACUGAUGGGAAUCACUGACCGGUCAGAGCUCCAAGUCCCUCUCUUCAUUGUGUUCCUUAUUGUUUACAUUAUGACCUUAGUGGGGAAUUUUGGAAUGAUUACAUUAAUCAGAACUGAUUCCCGAUUUCACACACCCAUGUACUACUUCCUCAGUCACUUGUCUUUCUUGGAUGCCUGCUAUUCCUCUGUAGUAUCCCCUAAAAUGCUUGCAAAUUUUUUAGCGGUAAAAAAGGUAAUUUUGUUUCCAUCCUGUGCAGCACAAUUGUUUUUCUAUACAUUAUUUGCAGCUACUGAGUGCUAUCUCUUGGCUGCAAUGGCAUAUGACCGCUAUGUGGCUAUCUGCAACCCUCUGCUCUAUAUGACAGUCAUGUCCCACAGAGUCUGUGUCCAGCUGGUAGCAGGGUCCUAUGUUGUUGGCUUGGUGAAUGCAAUGGCAGAAACAGCAAGUAUUUUCCAGCUGUCAUUUUGUGGGCCAAAUAUAAUUAACCAUUUUUUCUGUGAUAUUCCUCCAAUGGUCAGACUCUCCUGCUCAAGUACUUACAUCAGUGAAGUAAUAAUAUUCAUUUUAGCUACCACAAUCAUCCUUGUCUCGACCUUAAUAAUUCUUAUGUCCUACUUCUAUAUUGUCACUGCCAUCAUACAAAUCAAUUCUGCCACAGGGAGGUUCAAAGCUUUCUCAACUUGUGCCUCCCACCUCACAGCAGUCACUAUGUUUCAUGGAACACUCCUCUUCAUGUAUAUGCGACCUAAAUCCCAGUACUCCACGGACCAAGACAAAAUGGCCUCUAUAUUCUACACGUUGAUGAUUCCCAUGCUGAACCCCUUGAUCUACAGUUUGAGGAAUACAGAGGUGAAAAAUGCACUGAAGAGGUCACUGGAGAAAAAAAAUAUUUCCUAA